CAGGUGAUUUUACAAAUCCGGCUAGCAGUGAUGAAGUUCUUUUAUCUUUUAUUGAAAUUAAAGUGUUUCAAGUUAAAGCCUUCCCCUUUUUAUCUUCAUCUCAUAUUUUCACUCUUGCUCUCCUCUUUUUUAUUUGCUUUCACUUCCACUUACUUUCUUCUGUUUCAAAUCCUUCAUCUCUGCAACUUUCUCCACUUGACUUUACGCACUCUUCUUUUCCAUUUUUUGCAAUUACUUCCUUUAAACCUUUUUUUGCAAAACAAAAAGGAAAAAAAGAAACAUGGCUAUGGUGGGUGAAGCUUUUCUCUCUGCUUCCAUUGAGGUGCUGCUUGAUAGGAUUGUUUCUGGAGAUGUUCUGAGGCUUAUCCAAGGAAAGAAACUUGAAGCUGUGCUGCUGAAGAAACUGAAGCCAACCUUGAUGUCGGUGAAAGCAGUGUUGGAUGAUGCUGAAAAUAAGCAGAUUACUAACCCAAAUGUCAAAAGCUGGACUGAUGAGCUCAAAAAUGCUGUUUAUGAUGCCGAGGACCUCCUGGACGAGAUCUCUACUGAAGCUCUUCGGAACAAGAUCGAAUCCGAAUAUCAAACUACUCCUAUGAAGCAGGUUAGUAGCUUUUUCUCUUCUUUCAAUCCUUUCAAAGAUGGGAUGCAGUCCAAGCUGGAGGAGGUCCUUGGGAGACUAGACUACCUGCUCAACCAAACACAGAUUCUGGGUCUGAAAGAAAACUAUAAAGGAGAAAAGGCAUUUCAAAGAACGCCUGCAACUUCUUUGGUGGACGAGUCUGAUGUUUAUGGCAGAGAUGAUGAAAAAGAAGAAAUAAUGAAGUUGUUGGAUCCUCAAAAUCUGUCUGAAAAUCAGAUAGCUGUGAUUCCCAUUGUGGGUAUGGGCGGGCUUGGCAAAACCACCCUUGCCCAAUUGAUCUACAACGACCCCAGAGUUGAUAAAUGGUUUGACCGCAAAGCAUGGGUGUGUGUUUCAGAGGAAUUUGAUGCUUUCAAGGUAACCAAAACCAUUCUUGAAGAGAUGAAAUGUAGCUUUGAUGGAAACCAGAACUUAAAUCAGCUUCAACUUAAACUCAAAGAGCAGCUGUCGGGAAAGAAAUAUCUAAUCAUUUUGGAUGAUGUUUGGAACAAGAAUUAUUUUCAUUGGAAAGAGCUUGCAAGUCCCUUCACUUCUGGGGCCAAGAAUAGCAAGAUUAUUGUAACAACACGUGAUGAAAACGUUGCAGCAAUCAUGAGGAACGUUCCAACUUAUCAUUUAGAUGUGUUAUCAGAUGAUGAUUGUUGGAAGUUAUUUGCAAAGCAUGCAUUUGAUGGUUCAAGCCCCACCAAGCAUCCAGAUCUGAUGGCAAUCGGGGAAGCAAUUGUUAAAAGAUGUGGCGGUCUCCCUUUGGCUGCAAAAGCUCUUGGAGGUCUUCUGCGUUGCCAACCAGAUGUUGGUGAGUGGAACAAAAUUUUACAUAGCAAUUUUUGGGACAUUCCAAAUGAUGCAACUAAUAUUCUUCCAGCGUUAACAUUGAGUUACCAUUAUCUUUCUUCCCAUUUGAAGCGAUGUUUUGCUUAUUGUUCAAUUUUCCCUAAAGAUUACGAAUUUGAAAAGGAAGAACUUAUUCAAUUAUGGAUGGCUGAAGGUCUUUUAGAGCAUUCCAAAGACAAUGGAGAUCUGGAAGAACGGGGUAACGAGUACUUCAAAGAUUUAAGAUUGAGGUCAUUCUUUCAACAAUCUAAAGGAAAGAAAUCUUGUUUUAUCAUGCAUGAUCUAAUGAGUGACUUGGCUAAAUCUGUUACCGGAGAGUUCAUUUGCAGAUUGGAAGGUGGUGGUGGUGGUUCUUGUUUAAUAACCGAAAGGACCCGUCAUUUGUCUAAUGUCCAAGAAGAAUAUGAUGUGCGACAAAAAUUUCAGAGUUUAGCUAAAGCAAAGGGUCUGCGUACUUUCUUUAAUGUGACGUCUUCUUUUUUUAGGCGAUAUGUUAGCAAUGUGCUAAUGCAUCAUUUGAUGGUGAAAUCAAACUUACGAGUGCUUUCAUUGGCUGGGUAUACAAAUAUCAACGAUUUGCCAGAAGAUAUUGGUAAUUUGAAGCAUCUACGAAAUUUGAAUCUCUCAAGAACUAAAAUUAAAAGGUUGCCAAACUCUUUGUGUACAUUGUAUGAUUUGCAAGCACUAAAAUUGCGUGGAUGCAGUGACCUUGAUGAGUUGCCGAAAGAUUUGGAGAGAUUGAUUAACAUGCUAUAUCUUGAUAUCAAGGGAACAAACCUAGCCAGAAUGCCAGAAGGAAUGGGUAAGUUGAAAGAUCUUCGAAUGGUAACAAAUUUUGUUUUAGGCUAUCAAACUGGAUCAAGCAUUAAUGAGUUGGGAAAGCUCAAGCAUCUACGUGGAAGACUUUCCAUUUCGGGACUAAAAACUGUUGCAUGUGCCAUGGAUGCCAAAGAUGCCAAUUUGAAGGAUAAGGUGGACCUUAAAAAGUUGGAGUUGAGAUGGGGUAAAGAUGAUGAUAUUGAUGGUGAUUCAAGGCAGGAUAGAGAAGUACUUGAACAACUAAAGCCUCAUACAAAUUUGGAGCAUCUUGUUAUUCAAAGUUACAAAGGUACGAGAUUUCCGGAAUGGGUGGGGCACUCUUCCUUCUCAAAUAUAGUAUCUUUGAGGUUACAUGAUUGUAAAUUUUGCAUAUCCUUACCACCGCUUGGGCAGUUACCAUCUUUGAAAUCUCUCUCCAUUUCCGGUUUGAGUGGAGUGUUAAUAGUUGGUGAUGAGUUCUACGGGAAUGGACAAGCUUCGACUAAGCCAUUUCAAUCUCUUGAAAUUCUAAGCUUUAAGAAUAUGGCCCAGUGGGAGGAAUGGGUGUAUUGUUGGACUGAUGAAGCUUUCCCUCUUCUACAAGAGCUGUGCAUUGAUAAUUGUUCCGAGCUAACCAAAUGUCUACCCAAACACCUCCCUUGUUUAAAGAAACUGAAGAUUGAAGAUUGUGAGAAGCUUGGAGGCUUGCUUCCAACGGCACCAAGCAUUUUGGAACUUGAGUUAAAGAAAUGCAAAGCAUUGCAGUUGGAGCCAUUGGCUUGUGGGCUUCGGGAGUUGGACAUUAGAGAUUCGAAUAUGGAUGAUUCCGUAUUGGAACAAAUGUUGCAACGAUGCACACUUCUUGAAAAGGUAUGUUUGUGGAAUUGUUCAGAAAUUAGAUCCCUUCCUGAAGUUAGGGUGCCCAUCACGCUGAAGGGAUUUAGCAUCAAUUCAUGUGAAAGCUUGGAUUAUUCCAAUAUCUUCUUGUAUACAUCCCUUGAAUCCUUGGAUAUAAACAGUUGGAAGUGUCAUGGACUGGAAUCUUUCCCAUUAGGAUCGCUUCCUAUGCUAAAGCAAGUUCAUAUUAGGGGAUGUGAAGACUUGAAGUUUAUUAGUGCUGCUUUAGAGGGCUCUCACCACCAGCAUCUCAAUUCUUUGGUUAUAGAGUGCUGCCAAAAUUUGAUAUCUUUUCAAAUUGAAGAUGGAUUAGCUGUCACCAAUUUGACCCGAGUUGUGCUUUUCCGUUGCAGAAGUCUAAAGUCAUUGCCAGAGCAAAUGCACUCCUUUCCAUCCCUUGAGGUUUUGGAAAUAACUGAAUGUCCAGAAAUAGAGAGGGUUCCAAAAGAGGGUUUGCCCUCCAAAUUAAAAGAAAUUAGAAUCGAAAGCAGUGAUAAACUAAUUGACAGCUUGAUUAGGAAAAGGGAAUGGAGUUUGCAUAAACUCCUUUCUCUUACAACUCUCUAUAUCUCAUUUUCAGAAGUAGAGAUGGAGUGUUUUCCAGAUGAACAUCUGUUUCCCUCUUCUCUUGAAACUCUUUGGAUCAUUGGUCUUCGAAAUUUAAAGAGUUUGGAGUAUAAGGGGUUUCAACACCUCACCUCUCUUUCUCAUUUGUGUAUCUACUAUUGUACAAAGCUCCAAUCCAUGCCGCCAAACAUGCUCCCACACUCUCUUUCUUAUUUGUUUAUCUACAAUUGUCCCAAUCUCCAAUCCAUGCCCCCAAACAUGCUUCCGCACUCUCUUUCGUAUUUGUAUAUCUGUAAUUGUCCCAAGCUCCAAUCCAUGCCGCCAAGCAUGCUCCCUCCCUCUCUUUCUCGUUUGUGCAUUAAAAAAUCUCCUUUGCUGAAGGAACAUUGUGAAAAGGAUAAAGGUAAAGAUUGGCUUAACAUUUCCCACAUCCCUGUCAUUGAAUUUGAUGAAGAACUCAUAAUAUAGAAGGGGCAGUGACUGAGAAAACAAAUGUUCUGACGCAGAUACCAUGUUCCAAAUAUUCCUUUGUGAGAUCUUCCAUUCUAAAAAUGACUUCCUUCCCACAAAUGAUGAAUCCAGACGCCAGCCUCAAAAUCCUGAAGAUUUGCUUGCCUCUUCUGCCUGUGCAUUUUGUGUAUUAUUCUAAGCUAAAAUGUUGAAGAGGAGAAGCUGUAGUUUUUGAAUAUUAGAUGAAAACCUGGUAAACUUUUUUUUAUUUCCAGCGUAAAUUUUAUCUUUCAAUAAUUGAUUAUCAUACAUAGUGUUCAUAUUCACAAUCAUCUCUCUAUUAGCUUUUAACAAUCAUGUGAAAUUGGACAUUUAGUUUAUUUUUUCUUGUGAAUUGAUAUGAUAAUACAAAGGCUGAGUUGUGAAUUUGGACAUUUAGUUCAUGCAGAACCUCAUGGAGAUAUUCAAUCUUUCCUAACCUAGUAAUGUGGCUUAAUUUAGACGAGACUUAAUAUAAGGAGAGCUUUUUAGUUGUUUACAAUUGAUUCAAGUUGUCAACAACAUUUGUUGCUAUAUUUUGUAACUAGUUUUCUUAUCCCAUGAGUCGAUUGCGUGUAUAAUUUUUUUAAAAUAUAAAAUAAUUGUAAUAUUGAAUAUAUUAUAUUCUUUAAUGAAGUAAAUUAUAAAGAUUAAUCAA